AUGGCGUUCACUCAUGCCGUGAGAGUCACGCCGGUUUUCAUGGCGGUACUCACUGCCUCCUGCUUGGUGAAUGAGAAGACCAGCUCGUUUGCGUCGACCGGCCCCGGAUUUCUGACUUCCCCUUCAUUUGCAGCUGCUGAAGAACUCGCCACAGCGGGGGCGCUACAACAGCAGUUGGAUCGCUGGUGUCAAGAGGAGUUCGUUCGGCUCUGCGACAAGAAAUACUCAUCUUUUUGCAAUCGGACGGCUGUUGCACGGUUUGGAAAAGGCGUCGGAGGGCAGCAGACCAACGAGUGGCGGUGUUAUGAUGCGCAUCCUCUCCAAUCCAGCAAACGCGAAGUUCAGUGUGUCGAUAACUGUGGGAAUCAUAUUCCAUGCUUAGGCGCUGUCAACGCCUCAACUACGAACCAUGCCUCACGCCCAAGCGAAAUCACUAAGCUCCUGGAUGAGCAAGUUAGGCGUUUCUGCAGUUCUUUCCAAAAUGCCGCGGACAAUGUCUGCAGCGCCAAAAGAAAUGGAAGUGUCGCCAGAAAGGGGCUUGGGGAAGACGGUAGAUCAAGUGGAGACUGGGCGUGCUACAAGAAGGAUAGUUUAGUUUACGAGGCGCCGGCCGUGUGUGCGAACAACUGCGGAGAAGACGUAGGAUGCGUCGGCGGCCCCAGCAGCGGAGUUGGUGGAGCUCAAACGAGUGACGUUGAAGAAAUCAGAGCCAUCAUGACGGAUAAGUCUGGCGCCUGUCCUUCAGCAUCUGGGUGUGUUUCUACUGUCGUUAAUCCUCCCCUUUGUUUGACUGAAGGUGAAACCGGAUCACCUGCUGACAACGACAUGUCGCAUGAAAGCCGCAGACUGGAUGAAAUAGAGACUUUGUGCCGAGGCAACAACGAUGCCAGCUGCUCUGGGAUUUCAAGUCAGAAAGUGCUAUGUCCGAAAUCACCAGCGACCGGCGGUGUCCACUGUUUCCCUGCAGUUCAGCUGGGUGGCAGGGAAACCCCGAAGAACCUCGAUGACUGCAUCAUCUGCAGCGCGUAG